UGUAGCAGCCAUGUUGCAUCCUCGGUUAUUGCAUUGUACAGUUUUUAUAUGUUUAUUUGGUUAUUAUAAUGUCCUUAGUGAACUGCCAUACAGAAAACAUCCGGCGCCGGACGGACACAGGUGCGGCAUCUGUCCUACGUACUACCGGAAAAUCUGCGCUUUCGACUUCACAACUAACCUCACGUACAUAUUCGACAACCACUGCGUAAUGGAUCUGUACAACUGUAUCCAUGCUACUGAUUUCGAGCAAACCACCUACGGGGAGUGCCUGUUCUUCGGCAACUUCGCGUACGUGCACGGGCUCAAGUACGAGGACAACGAUUACGACGAGGACCACGUGGUGGUCAUCGGAGCGCACAAAAACCCGGACUUCGCUUAAUAAAUCAUUUAUUCAAUA